AGAUAAUUGCUUUGCCGGCGCUGGUGCUCGCCACUGAUCUACAAACCAUCCGCGUACAUACGUGACGCGUUUGGCCGUUAUAAACCAGCGUGGAGUCCCGCCGCGUGCGUACGUCAACAUCCACCUCGUGACGUACAUUGGCUGUCGGCAAAAACAAAAAAAAAAAAGGUAAGGUGAGCAACCGCAAGAAGCUUGAGUCGAAGCCCGUCUGUUGAAUUCUAUGGUAAAGGCGAUUUUAAUACAACCAAAUAAGUACUAGUAUGUAUGAAUGGCUUUAAUUUAACUAUCGAAAAUGGUAGUUAAACUUGAGUCAACUUCGGAACUGAGUCAGCUCGUGGAACAAGAAGAAGACAGCCCUUAUUGGUUCGCUAGCUAGCUAGCGUUAGCUUUCAGGAUGGGCAAGUGAACGCACCACCGAGCAGACAACAUACCAACGUACCAUGACUGAAUCCCGAGAGUACAGUCUCACGAGGAAUGAGAGUGUCGUGAGUGACUUUUAGCUACCUCCGAAACCGCGUCGAUACUUGUUUACGUUACGUGAUGAAAAACUGCGAGUACCAGCAGAUCGACCCGCGGGCGCUGUCGGUGUCGCCCUCGUCCGCACAACAGAACCACACCGAGAAGACAGUGCAGCGGUCGCGGAGGAAAUGGGAAGUGUUCCCGGGGAAGAACAAGUUUUUCUGCGACGGACGGGUCAUCCUGGCCAGACACAGCGGCGUCCUUCCCCUGACACUGGGCCUUAUUGUUGUCACGUGUGGCCUUUUCUUCGCAUUCGAUUGCCCUUUCCUAGUGGAGCAUCUAACCGUCUUUAUACCUGUGAUCGGUGGGGUUCUUUUCUUGUUUGUGGUCAUCUCCCUGCUGAGAACCAGCUUUACAGACCCGGGCAUCUUACCCAGGGCCACCCCAGAUGAAGCAGCGGACAUAGAGAAGCAGAUCGAUACCUCAGGAUCCUCUACGUAUCGCCCCCCUCCGCGAACCAAGGAGAUUCUCAUCAACCAGCAGGUGGUGAAGCUCAAAUACUGCUUCACUUGUAAAAUGUUCCGCCCUCCUCGGACCUCCCACUGCAGCCUCUGUGACAACUGUGUGGAACGAUUUGAUCACCACUGCCCGUGGGUGGGGAACUGUGUGGGCAAACGCAAUUACCGCUUUUUCUACAGCUUCAUCAUCUCUCUGUCGUUUCUGACGUCGUUCAUAUUUGGCUGUGUCGUCACGCACAUCACCCUGCGUUCUCAAGAAGGUAAAAGCCUUAUUCAAGCCGUUCAAGAGAGCCCUGCCAGUGUGGUGGAGUUGGUGAUUUGUUUCUUCUCCAUCUGGUCUGUUCUGGGCCUCUCAGGCUUCCAUACGUACUUAGUAGCCUCCAACCUCACAACAAAUGAAGAUAUAAAGAGCUCUUGGUCAAGCAAAAGGUGUACAGAGGAGUCUGGGAACCCGUACAGUUACAACAAUAUCAUCACCAACUGCUGUGUGACGUUAUGUGGCCCAAUGCCCCCGAGUCUGAUUGACAGAAGAGGUUUCCUGUCUAUUGUUGAGGCGACGCCUGCUGCUGCUUCGGCCUCGGAGAUGGAGCUGCCUCCCUUCCCGGCCAAGAAUGACGCGAACAUGUGCACUCAGAGCACCAAGGGUGUGCUGGAGAGGAUGGUUCACUCAUUUGACUCUCAUGGCCUGUGCCCCCCUGGAGCUCCAAAGACCACCCCUCUGGGCGUAGAGGUGUCCAGCAUGGCGACGCCCUCCGCUGGCUGCUCGCGCCAGCACGCCCGCCAGCCCAGGGUGGCUUCUUGCCCCCCGUUCAGCAGGAGCAGCAAGAGGAGAGACUCUCUUCACUCCAGCAACCCAGCCUUCCGCCUGGCCUCCCCCUCCCCUUCGCUGAGCCGCACUACAUUGAUUCUGGGCGAUGCACAUGACAUUGGCUUCAUCCCGCUACCCUGAGGACACCUGGCAGCCACAAGAGAGGAGUCAACGACGGCGCUCAAUGUUGCAUAGUGGUGGUUAUGCUUGUGUGUUGCCGUUUGGUAUCUCGAGAUGUCAUUCUGAUGCGUUGAUUAAGCAUUACCUGGAGUUUUAUCAACAAUGUCCUACUAUACUACAUGUGUCCUUCAGGAUGAAGGGAGAUCUUAGUAAUACCUGGAAGCACAAUAGAGAGAUAUUUUUUUUUAACACCUUUUUAUGAAGACACCCGGAACAUGCCUCCACACCUUCCACUGAACCUCAAGCCAUACGUCACAGCCACAGUGUUUAAGUUCCUGCUAAUGUAUUAUGCAAACGGGUCUUUAUAUCCUGGAACACUUACAGUAUACGCGUGGAUGCUAGACGUACAAGACAAAAAGUUUAGAUUUACUGAACUGGCAUGCACUGAAUAGUGAGCCAUUUCAGGAUUAUCAGCUCCAGAGUUGGCCUUAUGUCAUGUCCCAUCAGUUCUUGUCGUGUUGACCUCCAUCGUCCCCACUGUCUCCUGGUGGAACCGGCUGCACGGUGUUCAGAUUAAUGAGCAGUCAGAGUUUGAAGAGGGAGCGCAAGGUGCAGGUUUUAUUUCAUUGGUAAUGUUUGCAUUUCAAGGUCUUGCUGUGUUUUGUAGUCCGUUGUGUGUAUCAGAUGCUCUUCUUCUAGUGAAUCACUUUAGAAGACAAUCAUUGAAUGACGAUACUUAAAAACAAAUAGGUAAGUGAGUGAAUUUCUCUAGGUAUUUUUCAUGUGUGACUGGGUACUUGUGAUGACAUAUUUUAUAAUUUUCAUAUUUUGUAAUUUCCAUAUUUUUCUUGCUUUAUCUAACUUGUUGGAUGUCAAGUCUUAAGUAUUUAGAUCAAAAUCUAAUUUGCUGCUGCCCACCAGGACUUGCAUUGCAGUAUUUAUCUCUGACGCACUGUUUCCUGUUAAUGUGUGUUGGUGGUUACAGCACAGAUGUAAUGUUCUAGGAAUGUUCAUGAGGUCUCUUUACGUGCUCAUUUUCACAGCGGUGACCUUUUCGUCGUCUUACUCUAUGAAACGUAACCCUCUUCUCUGUGUUAGUGGAGUACAAUAAUAGCAAAUGGCAGCAGUUACUUUGUGCCACUAGGGGGCAGCGUGUGGAUACAGAUUGCAGCUCAGUCAGAGGACAGUUUAGGAACAUGACAACCAUUAGACGAAAGGCCUUUUGAUGUAUUUAUUUUUUGUAACUGAGCGUUGAAGCUGUACUUGGGUUGUGAGUUUGUGAAGAACCACGUUGCCGUAGUCGGUGGGUCGUUCAGCCAUCAGUCUGCAUCGAGACCCAUAGGCUGUGUAGACAGUUACGAGCAGUGCUUGUAUGAACACACUUGUUUGUAUUUUGUAGGAUGUAACAGUGGAACUGUAACACAUGGUCAAUAAAAAUGAUCACUUUUUGUUGA